AGUUGUGAAUAUUCGCGUGGAAGUUAGCUAUAACAAAACAAAAUUUUUCGUGCACUGAAAAUCUAGUUUAUUUUAAGGAAUAUGGCUCUAUCAUUACGUUCAAAGUUGUUAUUCGGAUUGAAGAGAAUCCAAAGUGUACCAGUGGCUUUAUAUCAUGAAAAUGUUCUCGAUCACUAUGAAAAUCCAAGAAAUGUUGGCAAUUUAGACAAAAAGGAUAAGAAUGUAGGGACCGGCUUGGUUGGUGCACCGGCAUGUGGAGAUGUCAUGAAACUACAAAUUCGGGUCGAUGAUGAUGGGAAAAUUAUAGAUGCCAAGUUUAAAACAUUUGGAUGUGGAUCAGCAAUAGCAUCAAGUUCCUUAGCGACAGAAUGGGUCAAAGGAAAAUCAUUGGAGCAAGCUGGAUCCAUCAAAAACACUGAUAUAGCAAAGGAAUUGUGUCUCCCGCCUGUUAAAUUGCAUUGUUCAAUGCUCGCAGAAGAUGCUAUAAAAGCAGCUUUAGCAGAUUAUAAGAAGAAACAAGUCCCAAAAAAUUGAGUAGUCUAUUUAAAUCAUGUAAACUAAAUGAAUGAACUAAUAAAAUGUAAGGAGUGACACUUAUAAAUAAUAUAUUCUUGUAGAAUAACGUUGAUCAUGUUAAGGAUGUCAUUAAAACUGUAGAAAUUAGUCAAUUUAAC